UGUCGAUCGACGAUGAAAGUGACGUUAUUAAUAUCAAGCAGUUUUACGGAGAGAAAGUGCAAAUUAGGAUUUCGCGCUCGAUUAGAAUUGACUGUUGAUAUCGCACGCGUUACAAAGCAAGUCACCAAAACAGCGAUAAAACGAUCGUUGGCAACAAAGCGGCUACGGAAAUAGCGAUGCAGUUCAAGUUUUUCCUUCAAGCGACCACCAAUAGUCUCUUUAUUUUUCUUGGAAGUAUUCUCCUACCAUGUGUUUGUUGCAGUGGAGACGAUUGUCGAAACAUUAUAUUCAAGGACCCAAUACCAAACAUGGUCAUGACAAAUCACGUGAUCAAAAGUACAGAGGUGCCCAAUGAAGGUAGCUGCUGAGUGAUGUGUUAUAUGGAGCCUAAGUGUGUCUCUAUCAAUAUUGGACCGGUAGCGGGAGCAAGCCAAAAAUGCGAGUUGAACAACCCUACCGAGGAAAACCAUACUCCAUUUCGUCUUGUCAAUAAACCAGAUUAUACAUUUCUUGCAAUCAAGAAUCCUUGCAGUAGUAGACCAUGUUUAAACAAUGGAACCUGUCAAGCUGGAUUCACCAAUAAAGGUUUUCGUUGCAUCUGUCGGGAAAGAUUCACGGGGGAAACCUGCCAAGUUAAAGUCAAAAGAAACUGUGCCGAGAUCUAUAUAUCUGGCGAAAAGACUGAUGGUAUGUACACCGUUAAACCGGACAAUUUUCCUGCUUUUAAUGUGUACUGUGACCAAACAAUAGCUGGUGGAGGAUGGACAGUGUUCCAGAAGAGACUGGACGGCUCGGUUGAUUUCUACCGCGACUGGACCGAUUACAAAUGUGGUUUUGGUGACCUGAAUGGUGAAUUUUGGCUCGGACUGGACAAGAUUCACCGCCUGACCUCACAUGACAACAACAUACUACGUGUAGACUUGGAAGACUUUGAAGGGAAUACUGUCUAUGCCGAAUAUAGAACGUUUCGUGUCAAGAGUGAAAAGGACAAGUUCAGGCUGAUUCGCGGUUCUUAUUCAGGAAAUGCCAGUAACUCUCUCCCUCCUAGUCGACCCUUCACCACUAAAGAUCAAGAUAAUGAUCAUGACAGAAACCGCAACUGUGCUAUUGUGUUCAAAGGAGCCUGGUGGUACAAUGCGUGUCAUGCGUCGAAUCUGAAUGGCUUGUAUCUUCGUGGCAAACACUCCUCCUAUGCUGAUGGUGUGAACUGGAAAUCCUGGAAAGGAUAUCAUUACUCCCUGAAGAGAACCGAGAUGAAAAUAAGACCAGUGGAUUUCUGAACUGUCAUGUGUAUUUCAUAAUUAUUAUGAAAACACCGAUGGAUGUACGCUUGUUAAAUUUUCGUUGAACUGUUACGGGAAAAGUUAAUGAUUUUUCCCCUGUGGAUGGUUAAGCAUAUUUAUUCGUUGUUUUUGGUAUUCUAGCCGUUCUCAAUUCAUGCGAGUUCCUUUCAUUGCGAUGUUUUAAAAAGAUAAAAAGCCAUAGGUAGAUUUUGAACAUCCAAGUUAAGUUGUACAGCUGUAUCUCGACACUUUUGUUGUUCGUUCUUUGUGAAAUUUUAGAUAAAUAUAAGUGUUAUUGGUCUUUCUGGAAAAAAUUGGUCCCCAUGGCUGUUGGCAGCUGAGUUUAAAGUAAGUUUAAAUUUUAAUUUAUUUUCAUACGAUAGUUUCCACACCAACCUUGCAUAGAUAAGCAGAAACUUUUAAUUACUUUUCCACUCUCAGUAUUUCCUGAAACUGCGCUAUUGCAAUUAAAAUAGGUAUGCUUUCUAUAUUAGAGCUGUGAAUUCUCACCUAGGUAUGGGUCGCACUUGGGCAAAGUUUUC